GUACAAAUACUUUGUUAUUGUGAAAAAAGUUUUAAGGUAUAUCUACGUUACUUGAGUAGUUUCUUUCAGACAACUUUUUACCUUUACUCCCAACAUUUUCAAAACAAGCUGAUUAUUUCCGGUUUGACGUUUUUGAAGGGAGUUCGUCACUGUGAGCCUUGAAACAUCAAAUCGAUUUGAGCCUAAACAGAAACACGUGAAAGGCAGUCCUGCUCGUGUAUUAAUCGCCAGGAGAUAUAAAAAGAGAUGAAAGCAAAAUCGUGGGCCCGCGCUUUUAUUUAUUAUUGCAAUGGUGACUGAUAAUGAAGUCCCCAGCUAGGAACAAAUUACUUUUAAUGAACACAGCACAUAAACCUAGUUGAAUGUAAGCCGGCGUUACAUGUGCGUUUAUCAGUUAGUUAUUCUUCUCCUUUUUUACGACACGACCCUCUAGUGGUGCAGUUUUGGUACAUAACAUUACAGGACACAACAGCUAUUAUUAUUACUUUUGGCACAACACCAGAACGACUGCAGGUGUCCAUACGUUAUGUUUGCGUAGGGUUAGCUAGCAUCUAGGUAACCCUACAGUAGACGAGCGAGCACGAAAGGAGUGACGUUUUUGAAGUUUCAGGGCCAACCUGAAGGAACUUCAAUUGAAAAAUUCUUAGAAGAAAGUCUAGGCCUGGUGGAAGUCAUUUACAGGUGUAAUGAGCAUAAUGCAGUGAAGCAGGGCCACUGAAUCAUGUGCACACUCUCGAGGACACCGAAAGAGCUUCAGCAUGUCUGCCAAGGACACCGUGAGGAGAAACAAAACAGCCAUCCAAACGAUUCUGUCCGGAGACUACAGGCUGAUCCUCAACAAAGUUUAUGAGAAGUUCCUGAUCACUAAUGAGGACUACAACAACCUUAAAAGUAUCAACAGGGAAGAUGUGGAGGGACACGUUGUUGAGCUUGUGGAUAAGAUCAUGAAUAAAGGAGAAGAUACCUGCAGAGCUUUCCUGAACCUCCUGCAAACUGAUAAAAAAAUUAAAACUACUUUCCCUCAGCUGAAGAACACUCCGUUUCUACCUAAGCCUGACCAAGCUUCUUUACUUCAGCAUGACGGCUCCAGUCAAAUGCAGUCCAUCCAGGCCUGUGCUGGUGGGAGCAGGUCUGUGAUACAAAGGUUGUCCUCAACUCUAGAAGAGGAGCUGGACUCUACUGAGGUGGCAGCACUUUGCUUCCUGUGUCGUGAUGUUGUUAGCAGAAGUCAUCUGAAAGGGAUCACUAAUAUCAAAGAACUGUUCUCAAGAUUAAUGGAAAAAGGUGUCCUGCAGAACAAUCAUUUCCUUUCUCAGAUUCUCUGGACUAUUGAUCGAAUAGACCUCGUCAGGUCCCUGGGCAUAGAUAGCAAACGAUCGAAGGACACAGAUGAGAGUCCUGUUCUGUCACAGUACAGGGUGAUGCUGUACAAAUUAUACGACGCCAUGAUUAACGACAAUCUCGCAAUCAUGAAGUUUCUACUGAGGUCAAAGCUGGGCAAAAGCAAACUGGAUCAAUGCAAAACAGCGCUGGAUGUGUUUGCUGAGAUGGAAAAGAAAGAUUUAAUAUCAGACACAAAUGUCAGUGUGUUGCAUGAAGUACUCCAAAAGCUUGAUAAUCAAGAGCUGGCAAUGAUUGUAGAGAACUACAUUCAAGGAGUCCCCCAGCAGCAGCAGAUGUUACCUCCUCAUAGGUUUUUUGACAAAAAUGAAUCCCAUCUUCCUCUGUCUGUAACUGAAACUCAGUCCACCUGCAGAGGAGAGACUAUUUACACUGAUGCACGACCACAGCCCACCUCUUUUCCUGAUCAGUCAGAAUACUACACUUUGACUUGUAAGUCUCAUGGUUUAUGUGUGGUCAUCAAUAAUGAGAUCUUCACGGGAACAAAUCUGAAGAAUCGAAGAGGAACUCAGAAAGAUGCAGAUGCUCUGAACACAGUGUUCACACGCUUAGGCUUUAAAGUGCUGAUACACAACAACCUGACUGCAGCACAAAUGCAAAAUGAAAUAAGAAUGUACAGCAAGAGGAAUUUUGUGAAUGACAAUGCCUUGGUGGUAUGUGUGCUUUCCCAUGGAGAAAAGGGGUGUGUCUUUGGCACUGAUGGGGAAAAGGUGUUCCUGCAAGAUAUGAUGCUCCCGUUUACAAGUGGAAGAACCCCAACCUUAGCAGGGAAGCCCAAACUCUUCUUCAUUGAAGCAAGUCAGGGUGAUGGAUACCAGAAAGGUCACUGUCCCUGCAGCUUGGGGCCAGGAGAGGAGGAGAGGGAGAAACAAUUCUUCCUGGAAGGAAAUUCAGAAGCAGACUUUCUGAUAGGCAUGGCCACUGUGAAGGGGUUCAUGUCAUUUCGAAACAGUGUCACAGGAUGCAUCUACACCCAGGAGCUCUGCAGGCAGUUGACAAGAUCAGCAGAAAGUCAGGAGAUGGAUGAUCUCCUCACUGUCCUGACACGUGUGAACAGGGAGGUCCACAAAAGAGAGUUUUACCAGAAUUACAAACAAAUGCCAGAGGCCAGAUACACCCUCACCAAGAAGCUCGUCCUCAAAUCUGUGUCACCUGACUGUGACCAAAAAUAAGUCCCAGAUUAACAAAGACUUGAUGAGUCUUGUCUACAGCGUAUCUGACUGUGUGUGUGUUGCACAUAUGUAUGAAUGAAUUUGUAUUUUGCUUUCAUCUCAAGAAUCAAAGAAAACAUCAUGGUAUAAAUAAAUGUUGUGACUGAAAUUUUUGUCAUGUCAU